AUUACGGCUUAAUGGUCAUGGACGGUCUUGAGAAAUCGAAAUACAAAUUGAAUUUAUAAUUAAAUGAUUAUUUUGAGUAUUUAAUCUCUUACCGAACGCCUGCUCACAGCAGUAGUAGUUAACAAUUAGUAUUAAUAGCGACGAGUAUACGAAAACAAACAAAGAUUUCAAUUGACAAACAUUAUUAAAAUGAAACGAGUUACGAUUCUCCAGUUGUGUUCUGUUCUCGCAAUUGUAAAUAGCGAAGCAGGAGCACAGUCAUUGCGUGUACGUUUUCCAGGACCAGCACAUGUUAAACAACUGCCAGCUUCUGUUGAGGGAUUGGGAGGCCGCUUCGAUCCCUAUCCAAUAGCUGGACAAAAACCGCAACCACCGUUUGAGUUGCCUUCGAUUGGUGAAAUACGAAUUGCCUACUCAUCGCCAUUGACUAUUUCCGCUGCCCUCGAAUUUAUACAUGAAAUUGCCGAACCUCAACUAAACUACGCACCUGCUUUGCAAGAAGCCAAUGUAAAUUCCGCGAUAAUUGUAAAUGCUCCUCCUGCACUGCAAGUAUCCACCCAGCUCACUACGCCGCCAAGAGAACACAUGAUUACAUUGCGUCCUCAAUCACAAAUCUUUACUACUAACAGGGCACCACCGCAACCCGCACUAUAUUUAACUGUUCCAAAUGUUAAGCGCAUAAAAGAGUUUCGUCCUAAGCAUUUUCAAAAUCAGUCAUCAGACUUUUAUUCUAAAAGUCAAUUGACUCCUCCGCGGGUGCAACGUGAAAAGGAAUUUCGACCCAGCUAUGAUCCUUUACGACCACAACGGCCAAUGAAAUUUAGUCGGCCGCUGCCAAGCAGCAUUUUUGAAACUUCAAAUGGUAACGGGCAGUCACGUCGCCCCCGGCCACUAUCAACGAAUAUAUUUUCUGUCUAAAAUCUAAAAGGAAAAAAUCUGUUCUAACGAUCUCUUUUUCCUUCUCUCAAUUAAUUUAAUAAACUAAGAGCUUCUCAAGAAAUGAUGGCUAAUGGACUUUAAAAUUCUAUAAUCAUAGUCAAGCAAGUUUUAGAACAUUUAAAGCACAUAUGCACAACAGCUAUGUCAAUUUAUUUCGAUAACAUUCCCGAAGACAAUGUUUCUCUUAUAGUUAGGAAAGAAAAGAGAUACAAACCAGUCAUUUCAAAAGAGAUUUUGGACGCAAACCA